AUGCUAGAAAGUAAUUGUCUUGUUACUGGUGAAGGGCUUAACACUCUUGGGAGAGCGGUGAGUGAUGGGCUUGAGGAGCUACCUUUGAUAGACUGUGAUGUAGUUGAAAGAGAACCGGGUGUAUUGACCACCUUAGGACAGAAUUUGAGGCGGCUGAGGGAAUUGGAGUCGUCAAACAAUGCGAUGUUAGGUGAUGAAGAGUUUACAUGCAUCAUGCUAGUUUCAUGUGGUUGUUUGAAUGUAUUGAAUUUGAGGGGAUGUAAUGGGUUGACAAAUGCAGCCAUGGUACCUAUGUUCGAGAACUGUAAGCAAUUGCAAUGUGUUGAUAUAAUGUAUUGUUGUGGGAUUGGGGCAGAGGCGCAUGAGUUAUUUGUUUUGAAUCCUCCAAUGCUGAGGCGGGUACAGGUUGAGCAAUGCAAGCUCUCUGAUGCUGCCAGAAUGUGGGCAUUGAAUAAUUUUAUUGAGGUUGUUUCAUACGUUGAUUGA